AUGGAGACCGAUGAAAAGCGUGAAUUGGCCGAGGAAGUAGGCACGAUGGAGCCGUUGCCAGGGCAGUCCAUCUUUUGCCCAGAAACGGCAGGUGGAGACGAUCUGCUUGACUCGCUUCAAGGCUGUCUGCAAAGGCCGAUCGGCCUCGAUCUGAAGGAGCAUCUCCUUCUCAUGGACGCCUCGGAGCCGGAGCCCCAGGCGACAGACUCGAGGGCAGAUGAGUCAAUUGAAGCAUGGCCGACGGCGGCUCAAGCCGACUUGAAACCGGUCGAGGUGGGACAAGUGGAGUCGGCGAAAGAGGAGACGUCAACAUCGCCUGUCAUCGACGUUCAGGAAUUUAUAAUCACCGAGUCGAAUCUGGUGCCCGAUGCCGCCGUCGACAUGGACUCUCCGGAAGAAGAGGAGGCCAACGGCAACGGCGACGGCGACGGCGAAGAAGAAGUGGAGCUUGGACGAAUUGCGACCAAGCGUGACUCGAGUCAUCGGCCCUCCAACCUGUCCAGCCUGACGGAUGAUCAGACGCCGACGAGCCAAGAGGCCUCCACGGUCGUCACGGAGUCGCCCAGAUCGGUGAAGCUCAUGUCUGAGGCGAUUUCCGAGAUGUCGGACUGCCAUGACGACGAGAACUUUUCGAGGGAGACGGUGCGUCAGGAUGAGACAGAAGAGCGGUUUCUGCUGCCUCGGGCGGCAAAGGAAACGGAAGAGGAAGCG